UGGUGGGGGGAGGGGCCGUUCUGGGAGGGGGCGGGGCUCCCGGUGCUGGGGGGAUGGGCGGCCCCUGUGCUGGAGCCCCGGGAGACCCCGCGGCUGCUGCGGGAAUUGGGCGUGGCCCGGCCCCUCCCCCCGCCCCUCCCCCACCUGAAACGCGCCCGGGCGGGGCCGGGGGGGCGGGGCCUGGAGGUGCUGCUGUGCCUGGACCCCCCCGACGGGGGCGUGGUUCCCAUCGAUUACAUCACUGUCGAUGACGUCAGCGGCGAUGACGUCACCGCCCCCGCCAUGGAUUACGUCAUCGAUUACGUCACGGCCACGCCCUGGCCCGGGAUGGGCACCAGUAAAACCAGUGUCCCCAGUGCCACCAGUGCCACCAGUAUGACAGAUCCCAGUGCCACCAGUAUGACCAGUGCCACUAAGGACUGCAAUGCCACCAGUGCCACCAACGUGACCAGUUCCAGUGACGCCAGGAGCUCCAGUGUCCCCAGUGUGACCAGUGUGACCAGUGUGACCAGUGUGACCAGUGUCCCCAGUAUGACCAGUAUGACCAGUGUCCCCAGUAUGACCAGUGUCCCCAGUGUGACCGCUUCCACCAAGGACUCCAUCACCACCGGUGCCUCCAGUCCCCCCAGUAUGACCAGUGCCUCCAGUUCCAGUGACACCAACGUCACCAGUAUGACCAGUUCCAGAGACUCCAGGGACUCCAGUCCCCCCA